AUGAAGAUCGUAUCUGUUGAGUCACAUAUUCUUAGAAUUCCCCUCGGUGAUAAAACUUUUUUUUCGUCGCAAGCUCGAUUUCCCGAAAGGAACUCCUAUCUGGUGCGAAUUCAGACCGAUACAGGUCUCGUCGGAUGGGGUGAAGGAGGCCAAUAUGGCCCCCCUGAGCCGGUAGCCGCUGUUAUAGAUCACGUCUUUGCCCCUAAGCUCAUUGGCCGGGAUCCAACACAGCCUGUUGUUAUCUGGGAAGAAAUCUAUGCUUCCUCCCGUGACUUUGGUCAGAAAGGCACAUACAUUGAGGCUAUAAGUGCAGUUGAUAUCGCACUGUGGGAUAUUAGUGGCAAGGCCGUUGGGCUCCCUAUAGUGAAGAUGCUUGGAGGGCCUUUCGGCAACAACCGGAUUUUAGAUGCGGUAAGGAAAGAUUUAAAAGGGUACCGAGAGACUGGAUUCGAUACCCUAAAAGUGAAGAUUGGACUUCUCGACCCAUCUGCCGAUGCAGAAAGACUCAAAGUUAUUCGCGAAACUGUUGGACCGAACGUGACUCUCAUGGUGGAUGCAAACCACGCAUACAGCGCAGCUACCGCUAUUAGAAUGGGCCGACUUAUGGAAAAGUACGAUAUAUGA